AUAACAAGGGAAAGUUUUAGUGGGUCUCUUGUAAGCUUUUGCCAAUUUCCUCAAUUUUCUGUGAAAAAAUAAUGAUUUUGUGUUAAUUAUGUGUUCAGGACAUGCAAUACGGAUUCAGGAUAUAUUUGUGAUGUGUAAAUCAAUCAAAUAAAAUUAUACAAAGGACGAAAAGGCCAGAAAUCAUUCCCAGAAUGAAUUUUCCAAAAGUAAAUAAUGAAGCAAAUUGCACAAAAUGGGUAUUUUAUUGGCAAUUUCCUGGAAAAUCUGCUUGAAUCUCAUGGAAUACAUCUUCAGUUUUGCAUUCGGAAGCAGAGUUGAGUCCUUGAUGAACUCCUUGGCGUAGAAAUUGGUGAGAAUUCGGGUUAGGAAGGAGGUGGAAGCUUCACAGUUUGCAGAGAGAAUUUUGGCCAGUGUUUUGUGGCUAUUUUGAAAUUUCGCUCGUGCAGAAAUCCCACAACCACACGCUUUCUUGUGCCUGUGAGGAGGGCCCAUGGAUACUGUGGGGUUUGUCUGAGAGAGGCAGCAGCAAAGCAGAGUGUGGGAAACCGUUAGUGGAUUCAGUUGGAAUCGCGAAGACGAAGAAGGUACUUCGCGCAAUGAUGAAGUAACAGUGUCUGGAGGAAUUCGAGUGCGUGCAGUUGAGGAAUUUGUCUGCAAGACGUAUCUAGUCAGUCAAUCACUGCACACCGAUCCAUCCACACCAGCUCUGCAGAAAUUCCCUUUGCGCCUGCAUUGCUGGGGAGACAAGAAGAAUAUAAGAAUUGCAGAAGAAGUGUUGACUCAGGUGGAAUCUCUCGUGGAACCCACAGAGUGGUGGUUUGGACAAAGUGAGAGAAUUAGCACAGAGAGUCCGUUUGCUCGAGAUGUGAAUUUACUUGAAGUGAAUCUCUUGGAGCGUAGUUGAGUGAAUUUAACGGGACUGUCCGGGUGAAUCUCACCUAAUUGCUGGGCUCUUGGAAGCACCUAAUUGAUACCUUUUUUUCUGCCCCUCCUCUCCUGGAUCUCAUGAAUUGUCCGUGGGAGCGAAAUCACAGAGGAGAUUGCGCGAAAAGUGUUUAUUUUUAAACUUGCCGAAGAGUGUGAUGCAACUCCUCGACACUCCCCGUACACUGUGCUGAAAGGAAGGUCUCUCUCCACACGGGGCACGCAGGAAUCAUCCAAAGUGUCUACGUAAUUUCGGUGCUCUCAAUGCUGACCAAUUGAUGAGGAGCGACGACAUGAGUAUCGGCACUCACGUCAGUUUAUCGCGCGUCUUCUGACCAGACGGAGCACUCAUCCAAAGUUUUUUUUUUGUCUUCUAAAUAAAAUUACAAAAAAAAACCAGUAAGAAAGAAAAAGUGAAAUUGACGAUAAUUCAACGGAGAAAAAAUGUCUCUAAAGAAAGAAUCACCAUCGGAUGUCCAACUUCAUUUGGCGGCAUUGCGGGGUGAUGUAUUGACACUGAAACGUGUUCUGGACAGUGGAAAAGUCCAUGUUGAUUCCAAAGAUGAGGAUGGCACGACGCCACUGAUUCUAGCAGCUGCUGGUGGUCAUGUGGAGUGUGUGAAGGAACUCUUGGAUCAGGGUGCAGAAACAAAUGCCAAAAGAACAACGGGCACCUCAGCGCUCUUUUUUGCCGCUCAAGGAGGUCAUGUGGACGUGGCACGAGUACUUCUUGAUGCGGGUGCUGAUGUGAAUUCAGCAUCCCUCGAUGGGGCCACAGCACUCUUUGUUGCCUGCCAAGGAGGUCAUCAGGCUAUGGUGAAGGAGCUCCUCCAUCGUGGGGCGUGUGUUCAUGCGAGUCUCAAAGAUCGCGCCACACCGACUUUCGUUGCAGCUCAAAAUGGGCAUCGUAAUGUCCUGCUGCAGCUGCUGAGUGCCGGAGCAAAGGCUGAUGCAGCUCGCAAUGAUGGGGCAACACCUCUGUGGAUUGCCUCACAAAUGGGACAUGACUACCUGGUGAAGAUUCUCCUGCAGCACGGCGCCAAUGUGGAUGCGGUUCGCUGUGACGGUGCCACAGCACUCUUCAAGGCAGCACACAAAGGGCACAGCUCCGUUGUGCACGAACUCCUCAAGUGGCGUCCCAAUUUGAGUGUUCUCCCCAAUGGGGAGACAGCCCUGCAUGCGGCUGCUCUCUUUGGGCACUUGCCCGUGGUUAAGCAACUCGUAGCCGCGGGGGCGGAUGUUCGUGUGCGCAACCACAAAGGCUACACAGCACUACGUGUGGCGCGUCAAGAGGGCUUUCUCGGUGUUGCGGAGUACCUUGAGGAGCGUGAGUGUCGCAUUUCACAGAGCGGAAGUGCUGCUAGUAGUUGUGGGCAGUUGAGUUCUUCCUGAAGUACUGCUCGUAGCUAACAAAACAAUAAGAAAUAAGAGUUGGAAAGCAUUCAGAUGCAAGAUAAUGGAGUAGAAUUCGAGGUUUUCUCAAAUUCUCUCACAUAAUCUGUUUUUUUGUGGAGCUAUUCGAAGAAUAAUUUCAUUGAAAAUUUUUUUUAAACCUAAAAUCUUUUAGGUUUGAAAAAAAUUUGAAGUAUAAAAUAAAACAGGGUGAAUAUUUUCUGUCUAAAUAAAGUUUUAAAUAUUUCAAUUUAUAUCUAUUUUAAUAUACAUCUGAAUGAUUUCUGUUCUAAUUUCUAACUCUACUUAAAGACCAAAUGAAAGAAUAAAACUAAACAUAUAAACUGAACAUAUUCAGUGUGUAGCAUUUCAUUUUUUUUUUUGAUAAAAAAAAUAAAUUUAAAAGUUAAAGAAAGCACAUCCCUUAUGCGGUUUGUUUGCUUAAUCUUUGAAACUCCAAUGUGUUCGAAAUAUUCAAUAUUUAAUGUCUUUUUUUUCAUCUUGUAAAUAACAUUAAAUAGAAAAUAGGUAAUAAGGAAAAUAAUGAGAGAAAUUAAAAAUGGCAAUGAAAGUCAGUGCAAUUUCGUCUUUUACCUUUUAAAUAAAAAAAAAAGUUAUAAAGUACCUAUAAUAAUUAAUCUAUUGUGAAUGUUUUAUUGUGAAGGAAAUAUAAUGGAGAUUAAGGUCAAAAUCAUUGAGAGAAAGAACUCUCAAAGUGCAAUAAAUUGAUGUUUAAUAUAUUAAUAAAAAAAAUUAUGAAUAAAUUAAUAGAAAAUCGGAACAAAUAAAACAUGAAUGUAGUUCAAAUUUAAAAUAAUUUAUUAAAAAAAUAUUAAAUUGUCCUAAAUCCCUAAAA